AUGUCUAAAAGCGUGUUGAGGAUAAGCGAUGAUCUUAUAGAAAAUUAGUAAUUUUAGAAAAAGAGAUUAACAGAUUAAAUAGAAGAGAAUACUUAGCUGAAGAAAGUAUGCGACCAUUUUGAAGAGUCUUGCAAUAGCGAAAUAUUUACAACAUACAGACAGUCAAAUAACAUAAAAGAUAAUACCUUUAAUGAAUGUUAGAUCCAUAAUUCAAGUCGAGAAGGUAAAACUAGUUUGUAAUAAGACAAAGUUGAGCAAAUAAAUAAAAAUAGCUAAAUGGAUUAGCUUAUCACUAACUCAGUUGUAACAACAGAGAGUUUUUAUGUUAGUAAAGAUAAAAAUCAAACAAAACAAAAAAAUAAUUUGCAUUAAAAUAAGCAUUACACUACUGUUAAUGAUGACAGGUAAAUGACUUUUAACGACGAUUCAAAUAGAAAAUCAGUUCAAUCAUCAAUGAGAGGCUCUUAUAUAGCAAAAGCAUAAAGAAAGCCUGAUGUAAAAUAAGAUUUAUCUAGGACGCUUUAAUUCAAAAAAGACUUGUUAAAGCUAACUCAAAUUCGCAAAAAAAUAAUGAACUUUUUUUAUAAUAAGACUAUUUUUGGUAGAACUAACUUGUUAAAAAACAAUCAAAUUUAAUCAAUUAUUAACGAUUUAAGCGAUAUAAAUGAUCAAAUUAAUAGGACUAACUCAAAACGAACAUGCUUAGAGUUACUUUAAUGUGUAGGCGAAAGCUAAUUCAAUUUUUUAAAGUACAUUCCGCCUUUCAAUCCCUAAAAUUCUGUUGUUUUCUUUCUCAGUCUGUUAUUUUGCUUUCUGAAUUAUUUGUUUUACAUUUUACUGUCUAUUGACAUAAUUUUUGAUGUCCAUAUUACUCAAACUUUCAUAUAAGUAGGUAUUUGUCUAUAGAUAGCUGAAAUUCUCAUCAAAUUAAACACUUCUGUUUAUAUUCAGACUGAAUAUUUUUCAGAUAGAAAAGUUAUAUUCAUAAAAUACUUCAGAGACAACUUAAUUUACGAUGUUCUUCCUCUCUUUACUCUAAUCAUUUAAUUUUACAUAUAGAAUAGCCUAAAUCUUAUUUUGAAGGGAAUUUCUUUCAUUAAAAUACACAACGUUGGUAAAGAAUAUAAAAUGAUUUAUGAAUAAAUAUGUAUCAGUGCUUAGAAAUAUUACUAUUUAGUAUAGCUUACUCAUUUGAUUUUGAGUCUCUUUUUACUUGCUCAUUUAAUAGCUUGCAGUUAUUACUUGAUUGGACUAAUUGAAUAAAAUUUUUUACAUAUAGAAACUUGGUUUUCUACAGGAUUUACUACAGAUGAUCCUGUUUGGUGGAAGUUAUAUUUAGAGGCAAUAAACUGGUCUCUAACAUUGAUGACAACUGGUUCUAAUGUAGUUUACACUCCAUUACAAGCCUUUUUCACAUCCUUUAUCAUGCUCUUUUCUACCAUUAUAUUUGGCUAUUUUAUUAAUAUUAUUGGUGAUAUCUUAGCUUAAAAGGAUGAGGAAGAGCAAAAUCAGAGAAAAGAUAUAAACAUUAUCAAUUAAUACAUGAGAAAAAGAUCCAUAAAUAAGGAUUUGCAGAGAGUUAUAAAUUUAGAUAUAGAAUAUUUCUAUUAGAAAAAUUACAAGAAGGAGGAAGAAUAAAAUUAAUCUGUGUUAGAUAAACUGUCUAUUAAUUUGAAAAAUCAACUAUAAAAAGAAUAUUUUGGAAGAAUAUUAAGCCAAUUUGAAUGCAUAAAAAUAAAUUUUAGUGAAGAAACUAAAGAGAAACUGGCUUUAUAGAUGUAAGAAGCUUAUUUUUUGCCAAACCAAGUUAUAUUUAGCUAAGAAAAUGUUGAUUUCAAUUCUCUUAUUUUCGUGAUUGAUGGAGAAAUCUAAUUAACAAAACAAUCAUCAAACUAAACUGGUUCUUAAGUAGUUGACAAUAUUUUUAGUAAUUAAGUAUUUGGCACAUAUAGCUUUUUUACAGGAUAAGCAGGUGAUUUAUAAGCAAAGGCAAUUACAUUCACAUCAAUAGUUAAAAUACAAAGAGAUGUAUUUCUAAGUAUUAUUAAAGAUAAUGAAAAAGAUUAGCAAUAGUUUAAUUUGAUUAAAGAUAAUAUCUUGCUUUACAAUAAUUAUUAGCUGAUAAAUAUUUCGUGCUCUGUUUGCAAAAACUUCAAACAUUUAACAAGCGAGUGUCCCUAAGUGCAUUUUGAUAAAAAUGAAUUUUAAAAUAAGAUUAAAUUUUAUUAAAAUGUGAAAUAAAAAAGGGCUUCUUUUGAUAGAAAACUAAUAAAAAGUUUAAAUACUUUGUCUUAAAUAAAAUUGAUUACUCAGUAUAUUAAUAAUUUUGAAAAAAUUCACUUUGUUUCUUUAGAUGAAGAUAUUUAAGUUUUAGCAGAAAGUAGCAGCGAAACAGAUAGUGAUGGAAGAGAAAACGAGAAGCAAAGUGAUGAGUAAAGCUUAGUACUAAUUAAUUAAAAUGAUCAUCGAAAAAGUAUAAUUGAUAGUCUUAUAAAAGAAGAUAAAAAUACUAGAAAGAGUAAAACAAUAUAGGAUGGAGAUAAAAAUUUAAAAUAUUUGAGCUUGCAAUAUGAAAAUGCCAAAGAAAAAUCUAAUCAGUUUUUACCAAGAGGUUCUGUUCUAGAAAAUUUAUAUGAGGUAUCUUAAGCAGAUGGCAUUAAUUAGAGAACUAGCUUUAGGGUGCAUAAAAAAAUCUAAUAAUAAAUCAGACUUAAACAUGAUAUUUAAAGUUUUUAAAAUCUAAAUUCAUUAGCUAACGUAGAUGCUUUUACUAUUAUUAAGCUACCGUAUGAAAAUCCAUGGCUCUUUGAAAAAUAAAAAGACUAUCAAUACUAUUUUCCAGAAGGAAAUCUCAAAAUAGUUUUAACAUAACACAAUAGAGUUUUAAGAUAGAAGAAUAAACUUCUUUAUAAAACAAUAGCUUUUAAAAAGUUAUGA